AUGGAGGCAAAACCAGAUGGUUGUGUGAGUGAACUGAAGAAUGAACUGAAUGAAAUGCUUAAAGGAGUGGUUCUUCCAGAAAUGUCUAGAAUCCAUGAACAACACAUCUACAAAGUGCCACCAAGAAUUCGCCAAGCUAAUCCACAAGCUUAUACACCUCAAAUUAUUUCCAUUGGUCCUUUUCACAGUCCACAUGGUUCAACUAGUGACAACAUUUUGCAUCAAAUGGAACAACUCAAACUCAAAUAUCUCAAAGGAUUUCUAAAUAGAACAAACCUAUCUCUGGAUGAUUUUGUUUCCAAAUUUCAAGAGUGGGAAAGUAGAAUCAGAAGCUGUUAUGCAGGGCUUUUUAGCUUUAACAGCAAUGAUUUCUUAAAAAUCAUUAUAGUUGAUGCAUGCUUCAUAAUUGAACAUUUUCUUAGGUAUUUUAGAUACAAAAAUUGGAUGGAAAAUGACCCUAUAUUACUAAAACCUUGGUUACUUAGUGACAUUAAACGCGACUUAGUACUCCUUGAAAAUCAACUACCGUUUUUUGUUCUUGAAGAUAUAUACAAAUUAGCUAGUAUAAACCUUGAAUUUCCUUCAUUUCUUACAAUUACUAUAUACUAUUUUCAACAAUUCAACCUUCAGAACAUAAAUUCAGAAAGAGUGCAGUGUCCAAAACACUUCACUGAUCUGUUAAGAACAUUUUUGCUGCCGUCAUCAUUUGAUUUUGUACAAGAAAAACCGGGGGAUGCAAUUGAACAUGUAUACAGUGCGAGUCAAUUGUCAGAAGCAGGAUUAGUAUUUGAAGUAAGUGACAGUAAAUGCUUACUUGACUUGAAUUUUGAUGACAAGGGUGUAUUGAAAAUUCCACGUUUUCAUGUCCAUGAUACAACAGAGAUAUACAUGAGGAAUAUAUUAGCAUUUGAAGAAUGUCACAUUUCUGAUCAAGAUUCAUGUUACAUUUCUCAGUAUUUGAGUAUCUUGGAUUUUCUUGUUAAUACAGAAAAAGAUGUGAGCAUCUUGGUUGAUAAGAGAAUUAUUGUGAAUUGGAUGGGUGAUGCUAAUGCAGUGGCUGCAAUGGUUAACAAUCUUUGCAAAAAUGUUUCAAUGCCUACACUGAAUUCAAAAUAUAUAUCUAUAUGUUAUAGGUUAAAUGGUUUCUAUGAAAACCCUAGCAAUAAAUAUAAGGCUAUAUUUGUGCAUGAGUACUUCAACACUCCUUGGAAAAUAGCCUCAACUGUAACUGCUGUAUUACUGCUUUUGUUUACUCUUAUCCAGGCUGUAUGUUCAAUCUGCUCACUUUAA